AUGCAGGGCUUUCAAAGGAACUUUGAGGAUCAACAGAGGGAUCAGAGGGAGGAGGAGACGAUCGUGGUGGAUCUGGUACCGCCACAGUAUCAGCUCAGCCCGCCGCAUAGUCCGCCGGCGGGAAACAUGUCGAAGACGCCGGAAAAAGAAACGUCGCCAUCGCAUCAACAGCAACAGCAACCGUUGUCCUCGAUGGAUCCAAAUAUCAGAAGGUACAGAACGGCCUUUACCAGGGAGCAGCUCUCGCGAUUGGAGAAAGAGUUUCACAGGGAGAAUUACGUGAGCAGGCCGAGGCGAUGCGAAUUGGCCGCGCAACUGCACCUGCCCGAGUCCACGAUCAAGGUCUGGUUCCAAAACCGUCGCAUGAAGGACAAGCGUCAGCGUAUGGCGAUGGCGUGGCCGUACGCCAUGUACACGGACCCGACGCUGGCGGCGACGUUGCUGGCGGCAGCGACGGCUACGCUACCUCCGCCGCCGUACCACGGCGCACCGGGUCUGCCGCCGUCUCACCUGGCGCCAAGUUAUCCGGCAGCGGCGGCGGCUGCGUAUUACGCCGCCAGGUACACCCCGUACCCGACGGUGCCCACCACCAGCGCGUCGUCCCUGCAUCGUCCACAUCCGCGCACCGCGGCCGCUUAUCCGGCUCACCCUCAUCUCCUGCAGCCUCACCCUUCGCUGCCACCCCUACACUUGCCUGGUCUGGGCGUUCCCACUGUGGGCAACACCGCCUUCCAGGUGAACAACCAACCGACGAGCGCCGCCGCCACCUACAGACCGACCCUGUUGCCCGAGCUCAGUCCGGUGCACUCGGACGCGUCCAGCGACUGCGACUGCGUCGGGACGCAGCCCCAUCACCCGCACCACAACGGCCAGCAGAUGCACGACAAGACCAGCCCGCCACCUGUCACCCACCCCUCCGCGCAGAUUAAACUACCCUCGGGGAUCAGCAUCGCCGGUCUGCCGACCGCCAUUCAAACGAUCGGCGCCUUCGAGAGCAAGACAUCCUACGGGAGCAUCGUCUCGACGCCCAGCGUGGUACAGGCGACCAAGAUGGACCCGCCCAAGCUCUUCCAGCCCUACAAGAACGACAUCACCGAGAGGGCGUAA